AACUGUUACCAACCUUACAUUUUGCUAUAUAAACCCUAGAAACACAUUGUGAACAAUACGAGACGAUCAACAUAAUUAAUAAAAGAGAGAGGGAGAGCGGAGAGAAGCGAGAGAGAGAUGUCGAGAGUUUUGUCAGUCGUUUGUGUCUUGCUCACUAUGUCAUUCGUCCAUGCACGUGCUCGUCAAGUGCCUGGAGAGUUUGACGAGGGCAAGACGACAACACGUGAAGAUACAGCAACAACGGUCGUGCAUGCAAAUGCAGCUGAUCAGUCACCACCAAAAAGCCCCAGCGACAAAAAAUGCAUCGGAAAAGUCGGAGGAAUAGGUGGAUUCGCGGGAGUUGGUGGUUACGCCGGCGUGGGAGGUCUAGGUAUGCCACUCAUUGGCGGUCUAGGCGGUAUUGGUAAAUACGGUGGCAUAGGAGGUGCAGCUGGAAUCGGUGGCUUUAAGGGUCUAGGCGGAGGUUUGGGAGGCGGUGUUGGAGGUCUUGGUGGAAUUGGUGGGGGUAUUGGUAAGGCAGAUGGUAUUGGCGGUGUUGGCGGAGCUGGAGGUGGUUUAGGCGGUCUAGGUGGAAUCGGUGGUGGUGGCAUUGGUAAGGCAGGUGGUAUUGGUGGUAUCGGCGGUGGGCAUGGCGUGGUCGGUGGCGUUGGCGGUGGGAUCAUUCCACAUCCUUGAUGGAGAUAUGAAGCUUUUGUUGAGGGUUUAAUUAAAUGAAUAAUUGAUUAGUACUCGGAUCUAAUUGUUGGUUUCUUUAGGUGACUUUUUGAUCUAUUGUUUCGUUUGGAUGUUUUUUAUAACGUUUCCUUUGUUACGUAAUGUGUCACUAGUAUUUAUAUUUAAUCGCUAUGGUUCGUUUUUGUGA